AAACCGUCGUCAUCACCUGUGAGGCGAACAAGAACCAGUUAUAACCGGCGUGGCACCCUGAGGGCAGCAGCUGAGUCAGAGGGAGUCGUGUUGUGUGAAACGACGGCCAGUCAGCUGAGGUCUGGCACUGGCAGUCUGGCAGUAAGCCACAGGCCGCCAGGUUGACAACACCCGCGUCGCACCGUCUGCCGAUCACUCUCAGCUGGACCCUGGUUGAGCCGCCAUCGAUUACUGCACCAUGCGUUCGGUCAGUUGUUGACGCAAGUAGCGGCUGCAAGCAAGUGUGACGGAAGCAUAACCACAGAAGAUAAAAAAGACAUAUUAAGACCAUAGAAAUAUCCUUGCAGUGAGCGUAACCACACGUACCAACAGCAUUUAGUAGUGACUCGUAAAAAAUGGCUGAUAAAAGGCUAGUGAACCAGAUCAGUGACUCGGCUGAGCCAUUUAUCGUCAUCAAGGAGAACCAAGAGAAGAGAGAGACGCCCCGUGUAACAGUAUGGUUGGUGGUGUCAGUGGUCGCUACUUUACUGGGGUCCAGCCUGCCAGGGGGUUACUGCCUUGGCGUCAUCAACACACCGCAAGAGAUAAUACGGUCGUGGGUGAGGACCGUGGUGUGGGAGAGCUAUGGUAAACGCUUCACACACACCGAGGAGAUGACAUUGUGGGCCUUGAUCGUGUCUAUAUUCGUGGGAGGAGCCAUCAUUGGAGCAUCAUUCGGGACUAAACUCGCUGAUAAGAUUGGAAGACGCCUCGCCUUGCUGGUCAACCACUGGCUGUGUCUGUGCUCCGGCUUCAUACUCAUUUCCUGCAAGAUGCUCGGGUCGAUGGAAAUGUUAAUCCUUGGUCGUUUCAUAUCUGGUUUAUGUACAGGUGUCGGGACUUGUCUGGUGCCGCUGUAUCUGUCGGAGGUGGCGCCUGCAGAGCUGAGAGGCAUCAUGGGCGUGACCUUUCCUCUAGGGAUGUGUAUGGGAAUCCUGCUGUCUCAGAUUAUGGGGAUGCAGUACGUUCUGGGUAAUGAGUGUGGCUGGCCUUACCUGCUGGGGGGCUACGUAGUGUUUGUGGGUGUGGCCUUCCUUCUUCACCCAGCCCUCCCAGAGUCACCCACCUACUGCUACACCAUAUCUCGUGACGAAACCAGAGGACGCAGAGAUCUGUACAGACUACGAGGAAACAGUAAACACGUGGAAGCCGAAAUAUCAACACUCAAGAUGCUGGGUGACGCUGCCGCCAGUGAGGUGACAGAGAGAGACUGGAGCCUAGCGCGGGUUAUGAGGUUCCGCCAGUACAGACUACCUCUCCUCAUCACUCUACUCUUCAACGCCGGCCAGCAAUUUUCCGGCAUUAACGCUGUUUUCUACUACUCAACACUGAUCUUCCGGAGCGCGGGUCUGGACGUUUACCAGAGUCAGGGGGCGGCUAUAGGUGCUGGCGUCAUCAACUGCAUCAUGGCCAUACUAGCUGUACCACUGAUCAGAUUUUGCAGUCGUCGAGUGUUGCUGCUUACCUCCGUGGCACUGUGUUGUGUCUGUCAAAUUGUCCUGAUGGCGGCCCUCAGUCUCAUCCCCACGUCAUCGUACGCACCAUACGUAGCCAUAGUUGCCCUCAUGUCUUAUGUACUUGUGUACGGUAUGGGACUGGGACCUGUGCCUUUUAUGAUCGCUACCGAGUUGUUCCCGGUGGGCCCUCGCUCUGUUGGGAUCUCUCUUGGUGCUACGUGCAACUGGCUGUGUAACCUGUUGGUGGGUCUCACCUUCCCGCUGGUGCAGGGAGCGCUGGACGAAUUCUCCUUCACCAUCUUCAUAACCUCCUCCUGUUUCCUCUUCAUCUUUAUAUAUAGGUUCCUGCCUGAAACUCACGGUAAAGAAGAGACAAACUUCGACAACUUAACAGAGAAGGAACAGGACAGUGAUGGAGGGACGUCUACCUCCAGCUUAGAAGAGACGGGGAGCCCCCCCGUGUAAACUAUAAACUGUUCCUAAAGAUGGACAACAGAAUCUUACUAGUUAAUCAUUAUUUUUAAUACAAUAUUGGAAGAAUGUUAAAGAUUUAUUUUUCCAUUUUCUUUACUAAGGAUUAGGAAUGUAAUUUACAGGUGUGGAGCGACUCCCUAAUUAGUGUUACUGACUCACGCAGUGUUAUCAAAAUAAAGGUGAAGGGUUGUCGACAAUGCCCUCGCUUAGUUGAUACUUUAUAACUCAACAAUUUGUAAGAAAAUAUUUCAAAACUUAAAAUUUAUUCAAUGUAUCUUAUUUUUUUACUCUUACGUAUACAGUAAUACAUCUACACACACACACACACACACACACACACACUCACACUCCCCGAUUAACUUAAGGUAAAUAUUUCCUCGAAUUCGCACAAAAGGAACUACUACUGCUACGGAAAUAGAAAGAUUUGUUCCUGUAUCUCAAGAAAAACUUACUACUCUAUCUCCUAAAGCUGACGUGUGGCGCCGCACAGAAAUAGUUUUAGAAUUCUUAUAUACAAGAUGAACGUUAUGUAACCCCACACAUUACUUUACUCAAUAUACUAAAGUAAUUACUUGGAUUCUAUCUCUGUUCUUCGGCGACUAAUGGGUGUUGGACCGUCCCGCACACCCAACACAGCGCCGUCCCAUGUAGUAACUGGUUCUGAUCGAAUUUUAUUUUCUCAUUUCCUUUUGCUGGUGUUUAAUAUAUUCUUAACGCAUCAUAUACCGUAAUUUUAUAUCUCAUCUUAAUAUAACACAUUUUAUAUAAGUAGUUACGUAUUGGAAAUGUUUAAUUUAUACUGAAUGUAUAUACUAAACGAUGUACUGUAUGUUGAUGCAGUAAACAGACUCUUGUAUACAUGUACACAGGAAACACUCAUCUCAAUUGACUAGCAGAAAGAUUCAAAUACCGUUGUAUAAAUUUCUUAUUCAAGUACAGCAAGAGAUAAGUUCAUAAACAUUCCCUUAACUGUACUGUGAAUCAAGCGAACAGAGUUGAGUUGGGUCAUCACUCUCUCCAGGCCACACCGUCAUCCAGCCAACGAACUGAACUGUAAGCACUCAGGGGCGUCUGCUUUGAAGUGCUUUCUCUUUGUCCCAUUUAGUGCUUGGCGACACUGGGGGAUAGUGUUGAGUUGACAAAAUACGAGAAUGAAUGUGAUAGAAACAGCGACGCACUCGAAGUGUAACAGCCCUGGCAGGAACUUCGCCCGUAAAAUAAUUCAAGAGAGAAGACUGACUUUUCACCUGGAUGGCAGAGGAGGAAACAACUGCCGGUGUCCAAGCUUCAAGGAGUUAUCUGGCAGACCUCACGAAGAUUACCGGACAAGAUCAUGUAGCUUACCCAUAAAGGUCAAGGAGUUAUGAGGAUGACCACCAACAGAUUGUUAUUUUUUCUUUCUAUUUUAAUGUUAAUGUGUAGUGAAGAUAUCUAUAGGUCAUCACCACCACCUUCACGGGUCCAUCGUAAUAUUUUACAAAUGGAAUAAUCAACAGUGUUACAAGUUUCAUAAACCUGUUAAAUAAUAAACUCAAAAUACUGAAGAAGGUUCUGAUAAUUUAUUCCUGACGUGGAUAUAAUAAAGGUUUUUACCAUUAAGAAUG